UGAACUAUGCCUUUAAGCUAUUCAUUUUUGGCUGAAUCACUGCCUACCACUUUGGCUUUUUCACUGAUCGCUAUUAAAGAUCAGUGGGCAUUUGAACCAAUGCCUGUGACUCUGGUCAUAUGGUUAAAUUACAUCAUUCCCUACAUUCUGACACAGGCUAAUCAUUAAAAGACUUGGGAGGAGUUAUGAAUGAGUCUAAAGUUCACUGUCGGAUUCAGAUCUUUUUAACAGUAGCAAAAGGAGGUUUUGUGUUUUUAUUAUCAUACUGUUAGGUUUCUCACACUGGGAAUUAUGGAGGAAAGCUUCCAAUUUCAUUACUCUUUAUUGGACUACCUGUUUACUUUGGUGGGACUGUUAUUGUUCCUGCUGGAUAUAGCGCUGGACGUUUGGACUGUUGUGUCCUUUUAUAAGAAUGGGGCCUAUGUGUAUAUGGCAGUGAUGAUCUUUCUGCUGUUGGGCUCUUCAGUGUUGUUACAGGUGUUUAGCUGGCUCUGGUACUCUGAUUACCUGGAUAAUAUUGAGACUAAGGUGGAGAAAUUUGCAAAGAAGCAUUUAUUGAUCAAAACAUUUCACUUCCUGCAGCUCGGAGUCUACCUCAGGUAUGCUGGGGUGAUAGAGAUUUCCACAACACAUUUUCUUCGGCACACUAACAGUUUCACAGAGGGUGUAGCUGUGUACCUGAACCAUGAUCUUCAGAUGCUUCGUCUAUUUGAGACAUUUUCUGAAAGCGCCCCACAGCUCAUACUCAUGAUGUCUAUAAUCCUACAGAGACGAGAGUUGGAGAUUAUUACAGGUUUAAAAAUCCUUACAUCAGCUGCUGCAAUUGCUAGUAGCGUUGCUAUGUACCACCGCUGCAUGCGUGCCUUUCUUCCUGAAAAAUGCAAGAUGAGUUGGAUCUCCACUGGCGUCUACUUCCUGUGGAACUUGUUGGUGAUUAUUCCCCGUGUGACUGCUCUGGCACUCUUCUCCAGUGUAUUACCAUGCUUCAUCAUAGCUCACUUCCUGUCGUUGUGGAUGCUGCUGGUUUUAGUGGCCUGGAGCCAGAAAACUAAUUUCAUGGAACAUAGUGGUUGGGAAUGGCUCUUCAGAGCUACUGUUGGACUCAUCUGGUAUUUCUGCUGGUUUAACAUAUCAACAGGAAGCAUAAAAUCAAAGACUAUUCUCUAUUAUAGUUUCAUGGGUUUGGACACAGUGAUGCUGCUGGGCUUCUGGUGCUGGAAGGUGUUUGAGUAUGCAGGCUGCUGGAGCUCUUUAAAUCCUUAUAUGGUGAUCCCGACACUACUAGGUUUGUACGUCAUUGGAAUACUAGUGAAAAUUAUAUACUACAAAAGGUUUCAUCCCAACGGUGAUCAGGAGAAAAUCACUGAACCCGCUGAAGAAGGGCAGUUAAGACAAGCGGCAGCAUGUUAUGAAAUGGAGACAGACUUGAAGCAAAGGGAAUCACUUCACGCUACAGCUGCAGCUCCAGCUCACCCUUUCACUGGAGUUCCCAAUAGACAUAGGAAAAUGGCUGCUAAUUUCUACUCUUAGUUCUUGGUUCUACUUUUAAAAGACUCUUCUCCUAUCCCCCCAAUUUCAUCAUAAUUUAUUAAAAUGCUUGUUUUAUUUAUAAAAUGUAUUUAUAAUCUAAUUUUCUACCCAAUACCAUAGAGUUGAUACAUACCUCUCCCAUCUCAGUGCGUGUACUGAAACACUGUAGCAAGUGGCACCACUAUGCUAGCGUUUAGCUUAGCACCAUUCAUUCCUUAGGAUCCUAAGAGGAUAAAUAAGAUAUUUCCUAAGUGGAUAAAAAUUAUGACUAUGUAUGGCGGAAGAGCACUUCGCAGUUCGCACCACUUCGACCUCGGUGCUGUAAUAUCAUCACUCAUAAAAACUCCCCUUCCUCCUCUCCCUCUCCCUCUACCUUGCGCAAUACAACCAAAGUGAGGAGUUUUCAGGAGUGAUGAUAUUACUGCGCUGAGGUCAAAGUGCUGUGAUUGCUCUUCUGACAGAAAUUAUAGUUAUUUUUUAUCUGCUUAGAAAAUCAACAAGUUUUAUUUUGGUGUCACCAUACUUACUCAUGUAACUACUAAUGUAACCGUCUUUAAAUAGGAAAAACAUUAAAGUGUUUGGUGGCUUCUAAAUUCAUCCCUGUUUGGAUCCUGAGGAAUGAAUGUUGCUAAGUUAACACUAGCAUAGGGGCGCCGUAUGCUACAGCGAGGAGAUGUACGUAUCAACUCAUCUAAGUUGAGGAAGGAACAUAGUGGAAUAUGAAAAAAACUGUGUAAUUUUCCUUUAAAAUUGCAACUUAAAUGAUGGGAACAUAAUAUAUUUCAUCUUUCUGAAAAAAAUAAAACAUUUUCUAAUCUCUUUAA